AUGGAGAAAGGCAAAGAUCGGCCGCCAUUUUCCACCCUUUCAUUAGCACGGAAAGAGAGACCUUUCCCAGAAGCCCCUGCCCCCAGUAGGCAUCCCCUUCAUCUCAUUGGCCGGAACCAGGUCACGUGGCCACGCUGGUCACAUGGCCAGGCUAGCCGCACGGAAUGCUGGGAGGCCCGCAUCUCUGGGCAACAAGGGAAGAGAACGGGGCCGGCGUGGAUAGGCCGUGGGGAGGUUGAUUUGGGAAUAAGUGUCAAGGAGGAUAAUGCGGUCACUUCUUCCCCCGAGACAAUGGAGAUGAGCAGUGUUGCAGAUGCCAACGGAAAGAAUCUUGGGAACGAGGCCAAAGCCGGGGCGCCAGCUGCUAAAUCUCGUUUUUUCUUGACACUCGCUCGGCCUGUACCAGGACGUGCUGGAGACCAAGCCACGGAUGCAUCCACUGGGUCAGUGAAGCUUGAUGUCAGCUCCAAUAAAGCUCUAGGGAACAAAGAACCAAGUGAAAGCAUGACUCUUCCGGGGGCAGCUGCACAGGGGCACGACCCAGAUAAAACCCCGGGGCAGAGCCCAGCCGGGGACGAAGGCGUCUCUGCCACUUGGGGACCAGCGCCCGUCUCACCUGAGUCAGGGGGAGCAGCCCCUGCCAAGCCUAAGGACUCUGGCUUUUUUGACAAACUCUUCAAACUGGACAAGGGACGGGAAAAGGCACCAGUGGACAGCCAACAGGAAGCCAAGAGCGCGGAGCGUCAGGACCAGGCCGAGGAAGUCCCUGGAUUGUCAAGGCCGCCCGAUGAUGUCCCUGCAGAGAGGGACAUAGUUGACAGCAAGGGGAAGGAAGGACAAGAGAUCCCGACUGUGAGGUGCUCUGCCCCUGGGAACCCAGAGGAACUGGACGUUGCAAAGGAGGACCCCCAGGCAACAGAUACAACAGAGAAUCGUAAUUCCAUCAUGAGCUUCUUUAAAACUCUGGUUUCACCUAACAAAGCUGAAACAAAAAAAGAUCUGGAAGAUACGGGUGCUGAAAAGCCACCUGUCCCAUCACCUGACGUCCAGUCAGACAAAGCUAACUUUAUAUCCCAGGAGACCAGAGGGACGGCCAAGAAUCCUACAUCCUCUGAAACAGUGAAGGAAGCCCCCAAGGAAAAGGGGGCACCCACCUCUCUGCCUCUGAGCAAACUGUUCUGGAAAAAGUCAGUUAAAGAGGAUUCAGUCCCCGCAGGUGCAGAGGAGAAUGUGGUGUGUGAAUCACCAGUAGAGGUUGUAAAGUCCGAGGAAGUAGAAUCAGCCUUACGAACGGUGGAUCUCAACGAGGAAGGAGAUACCACACCUGAACCCACAGAAGUAAAACUCAAAAGAGACGACCCCAGACCACCAAGAACCUCCCUGAUGGCGUUUCUCAGACAAAUGUCAGUGAAAGGGGAUGAAGGGAUCACCCACUCAGAAGAAAUAAAUGGGAAAGACUCCAGCUGUCAAACAUCGGACUCCGCGGAGAAGGUCAUCACGCCCCCGGAGCCGGAGCCGGCAGGGGCGGGCCAGAAGGGCAAGGAGGGUUCCUCCAAAGACAAGAAGGUGGCGGCUGAGGGGAACAAGCAGAAGAACAACAAGCAGGACGCCAAAGAGCCCGCCCAGUGUGUGGAGCCGGCCGUGGUGGAGGUGAACUCACUGCAGAACGGGGACAAGUCCCAGAAGAGACCGGAGAAGCGGCGACAGUCCCUCGGCGGCUUCUUUAAGGGCCUGGGACCAAAGCGGAUGUUGGACGCUCAAGUGCAGACAGACCCUGUAUCCAUCGGACCAGCUGGUAAAACCAAGUAAACAAAUUACUACAGUUCCCACCAAGUUGUCCUGCACCAAGAUGUCUUCUCCCUACUCCGUUUCCUCCCCCAGCCCACUCCAUGUACAUAGUCUUCUUCUCGUGGCCAUCAAAUGAAAUUCUGCCUACAAAUUAAGCCUGAGCUGUUGUAUAUUGAGGUGUAUUAUUUACGUCUCGGGUCCAAUCUUUUCCGGUAAAUGACCGUAAAGAUGGUUUAGCAGGUUAACCGGUUAGGUCAGAAGAGUUGAAGGUUGCCAAGCAGAGAGCGGAGGGGGCGGAGGAAUGCAUCCUGGCGAAGUUACGAAACGUGGCAGUGGUGAGUAAGUUGCGGAGGGAAUUAAGUUCUGUAGUACGUGCAGGCUCCUCUUCUGAGCUCCAAGAGGAGAGACAAAAAUCCGGUUAAGUUCACAUUUGGAGGAGGGACAACAUGGGCUCUGUGCCGGGAGGUUGCCAAUUUCCUGAAAUGGAAUGUGUGGGGAAUGGAAAAGGAAUGAAUACGAGUCGCUUUUCGAAUAGGGUCCUUGAAAGUUAUUGAUGAGGGGGAAAAGAUUGACCGCAGAGGGUUUGAAAUGAUUUGGGAAGACGGCUGUGCUCAGUGAUGAGGGCAAGGAUUACGACUUCAGGGGGAAAAAAAAAAAAAAAAAAAAGGCACAAAAUAAAUGAAGUUGCAAGUUUACUUUGCGACACAAGGGGGCACCGAGGUCUCCGUUUUAAUCCUGCGUCCUGUACUAGCAAAGAUUUGGUCUCCGCAUCUUACAUUAUUAAUGCUUCUCAGAUGGCUGAGGGACUUCCUUCAUCUGUUCUGUCUGACACUUAUCUCAAAGUCUGUCUGUAAUUUCCUAAUGUUUCAGGAUGUGCUCCGAUAAAACCCUCCCCAUAACCCCAGUUAAUAAAAAAUUUCCAGAAGAUUAUUCAAAUACCCGAGGUUUUUUUUUUUUAAUACGUGUACAGAGGAGUAAAUAGGACCAUGAGUCUAUUAAAAUGUAAUUCAAAGUAGCAUAUGAUUGAUUGAUAUCAUGUAUACUGUACCUUUCUUUUUCUGAUUUAAUAAAAAAAA